AUGGCUUCAACUAUGACCGGUAGACGACUACUGAGCUCUUGUAGUGUUGCUUUAAAAGUAAACGAUGCCUUGCUGCGCAAAGUUCCCAAGACUUCAGGGCAAAUUCCAACCGUGGAAGCAUUUUUGACCAGAAUCGGACGUAAAUGUGAAGAGCAUGUCGAGCUCUAUGAGAAUAAGUGGGAUAAUCUGUUUUCAUGGGAUUCUAGAACUUUGAAGGAAAAGGGCAUGGGACCACAGCAGCGAAAAUACAUCCUAAGUCAAGUCGAAAGACUGCGGAAGAGUCAGCCCAUCCAAGAGAUCAAGGAAGGCAAAAAGUCGUUUUUGGGCGGCGAGCGGAAGCGCAAGGAGACUGUAGCCAAAAUGCGCGCGGAACAGAGAAAUGCCAGCACCUAG